CGCCGAAAGCAGCUCCUCCAUAUUCAUUUCCACUGCUUCUUCUCUUACACAUAUUCAUUACCGUCUAUGUCUGAGGAACGUGUACUAACUGGUGCGGAACUGGAGGAGUUGGCCGAGAAAAAGUUGGCAAGGGGCCCAUUGUUCUACGAGACCGAAUCCGACCACCAGGAGGCCAUGGGCGAUUUUUACACCGUGGUAGCUGAAGCCUACAAGAACAGCAAGCAGUGGAAAGAAUCUGGAGAUGCCUACUGUAAGGCUUCCGACUGGUAUAAAAAGAGUGAUCCCUCUGAUCCCUCUGAUCCCUCUGAUCCCUCAUUGGAGGCAGGUGCUUAUCUUAAGGCCGCAGUGAGUUAUCGGAAGUGCUCGACUCCCUAUGAUCAUAUCCACGUCGUAAAAAUUUUGAUCAUGAUGAGUGUCAGCAUGGAAAAUUAUAGCAAGGCUGCCGAUUUGCAAAAGGAUAUCGCCCUCGUUUAUGAGACAGAGUUGGACGAUCUAUCCACGGCACUGUCAUGUUACGAGACUGCAGCCGAAUUUUACACCACCGAAGACAGCCCUGCGACAACUCGCGGAUGUCUAGCUAAGGCAGGAUCAAUUGCAGCGAUGCUCCAGCUAUACGAGAGUGCGAUUGAAAACUUUGAAAAGGCUGCGCAGGAAUCCUUGAUGAGCUUUGUAACGAGUACCUCUUUCCAGCUGCACUGCUUCAGUACAGGACUCUGCUACCUCGCUCUAGGGGUCAUCGCACGAGUAAGAACAUCCAUCGGUCGUUAUUCUUGCGUGGACGUAUGUUUCGGUACUACUCGUGAAAUGAGAUUUCUUAAUGACAUGAUGGAUGCAUUAGAUGCUGGGGAUGCGGAACAGUACACGACUGUGGUUAUGGAAUACACUGACAAGUUUAAGCUGGACCACUGGAAGACCUCCAUACUGCUGGAGAUUAAGAACGGGAUGAGGGACGAAGAUGGUCUGAUGUAGCAACAGAACUGUAAAGGUGGCUCUCUUCCUUUGCUCGUCUCCAAAGGAUCUUCAACAAAUAAACACGCUUGAGACGGCCGCAAUCAGCAACAAAGCGUAAAUCCUUGCAAU